CAGCACCAGCAGCUAACGCCGAGAACUUCGUCCCACUCUCACCACCCAGCUGAAGCGAUGGCCUCCGGCGGCGGCAUGGCAGCACUUCUGAAGAACAAGAUGUUCGUCUCCUGCGUGAUGCUCCUCGUGGUCCUGCUGAUGGCCACGCAGAUAGCCGCGGCGGCGGCGGCGGGCGACGAGGGCGGCACGGCACGCCGGCUCCUGCGAUGCGGCUACAGAAACUGCAACUGCCGCACUUGCCCCAUAUAUGGCUGGGCGUGUUGCGGCAUGUGUUGCUCGGUGUAGGGCGCGGGCGGCGGCACGCACGGCAAGCUCGUACCAUUGC